AAUACUAAAUUCUGUUUAUUAUUCACAUGUAGCCUUAAAGCGAAAUAAUUUUGUUAACCAACAGAGAAUGAACGAGAAAUUAUUGAAAAUUAUAUUCAUGCUGGAUAUAAAUACGGCCUCAUUGUUUGUUUGCUGAUGAAGAAACAUGGUAUUGAAAUGACUGUUCGUACUCUCAAAAGACGUUUGAAAUCAUAUCAUUUGUCUCGUCGAAAUGAAAACAUAUCUGAGGACAAUGUGAGAACCCUUCUCAGGCAAGAAAUGCAAGUUGCUGGAGGUUCAUUAGCUGGUUAUUGGAAGAUGUGGCACAUUCUUCGAAUUAAACAUCAUCUGCAUGUUCCCCGGAAACUUGUUGCGACAAUUCUAAGACAACUUGAUCCAGAGGCAAGUAUUAGAAGAAGAAGGAAAAGGCUUCAAAGGCGUCAGUGUAUUUCUCAAGGUCCAAAUCAAUGCUGGCAUAUUGAUGGAUAUGAUAAAUUGAAGCCAUUUGGUUUUCCUAUCCAUGGUGCUGUUGAUGGCUUCAGCCGGAAUGUUUUAUGGUUGGAAGUGGUAAAGUCAAACAAUGCUCCUGAAUCAGUUGCACAGUUCUACUUGGAUGCUGUUAGAAGAUACAGAGGUUGUCCACUUCAAAUAAGAUCAGAUUGUGGUACUGAAAUGGUGUGAUUGCUGCUGCUCAAUGCUACUUUCGAGCCAAUGAUAGUUGGCCAAUGGAAGGCGAACAAGCUCAUACAUUCGGGACAUCUACCCAUAAUCAGAGAAUUGAAAACUGGUGGUCACAUCUUAAAAAGUCAUGUACAAG